AUGAGGUAUGUUUUGAAGAUAGAACAAUAGAAUAUUGCUCUGUUAUUAGAUAUUAAUAAUCCUAGCAAUGUUAAUCAUGUAUAUGCAAAUAAUUUCACACUCAUCCCAAAUAAGUUCGUUGGAAGAGGAAUCAAAAAAACCAAUCAAUAUACAACAAAAUUAUCCAGAAUUGAAUGGGAUUUAAUGUAAAAAUAGUUUUGGGAUAGCCGUAAAGAUUGUUCUGAAUGGGCAAUUAUCAAGAAAGCAAUUUUGUGCGAUGAUGAAUGUAUGAAAACCUUGGUUCUUUAAAUUCUAGGGGAGGCCAAUUUAAAAGUGAUUGGGAAUUCCAUUUAAGUGUUGGUUUAAGAUAAGCAUAUAUUUCAAGUCCCGAUAUUCGUAAUUAAUGAGCCUACCUUUUGCAGCAAUAACAAAUUUGAACUGAAUUUCGAAACUUCCAUGUUGAAAGUAAUUUAGAAAACCAUCUAGGUGAGAGUUCGAAGUAGCAAAUUGCCAUAGGAUUUUGAGAUUUCAACUUAAAGCACUUCCACGAUACAGGAAAUCAAGUAAAUCAUAUUGUCGGCUGCAAAAGAGACCACUUGUAGAUUGUAUUUAAAUGGAAGGGAAUUGAUAGAUUAGAAUUAAUUAGGAAAUUAUUCUAUAAGUUCUGGAACUGUAUAUUUCAAUAAUUAUACUAUUAGGUAAUCUAAGCUUUUUUGUGAUUAUAUCUAUAUUUAUUUAUAUUUUUGA